ACAACAGUCAAAUCCUAACACAUCUUACCUUCUAAACCUACAGUGUUGCUUGCUGACGCCAAAAUGGACGGUACCUUGGACAGCUACUUGGCGUCUGUUGACAGCUUUUUCAAUAGCACUGUUGAUAGCUUGAAUGUAAGUGGUUCCCUAUCUGCCAUGCGAUGCCCAGUUGGUGCUAUGGGAAAUGUGACCAGUCUGGUGGGCAACCAGUCUUACCUGUGCAACCGGCCAGAGACUUUCAUUGAGGACAGCAACUCAAUCAUCAUAGCAAUCAUCAUCACAGCUCUGUAUUCCAUGAUAUGCGUAGUAGGACUCUUUGGAAAUGUCCUGGUCAUGUAUGUCAUCGUCAGAUACACAAAAAUGAAGACUGCAACGAACAUCUACAUAUUUAAUCUUGCCCUGGCUGAUGCUCUAGCCACAAGUACUCUGCCAUUUCAAAGUGUGAAUUACCUAAUGGGAACUUGGCCGUUUGGUAAAAUAGUGUGUAAAAUUGUUAUAUCGAUAGACUAUUACAACAUGUUUACUAGCAUUUUUACGUUGACAACAAUGAGUGUUGACCGUUAUAUUGCUGUCUGCCAUCCAGUGAAAGCACUUGAUUUCAGAACACCACGAAAUGCUAAAAUAGUUAAUAUUUGCAACUGGAUUCUUUCUUCUGCUAUUGGUUUACCUGUGAUGUUCAUGGCAACAACAAAAACUGAAAGAGGAUCCACUGACUGUGCCCUUCUGUUUCCACACCCUUCAUGGUACUGGGACAACCUCCUGAAAAUUUGUGUUUUUAUUUUUGCCUUUAUAAUGCCUGUUUUAAUCAUAACUGUGUGCUACGGAAUGAUGAUCUUACGGCUCAAAAGUGUCCGCAUGCUUUCUGGCUCCAAAGAAAAGGACAGAAAUCUUAGAAGGAUCACCCGGAUGGUUCUAGUGGUGGUUGCUGUUUUUAUUGUCUGCUGGACUCCUAUACAUAUUUAUGUUAUCAUUAAAGCGUUGAUCAAUAUCCCUGCUUCUCUCUUUCAGACAGUCACCUGGCAUGUCUGCAUAGCAUUAGGUUAUACAAAUAGCUGCCUUAACCCAGUACUUUAUGCUUUUCUUGAUGAGAACUUCAAGAGAUGCUUUAGAGAAUUUUGCAUCCCUACAUCAUCAACCAUUGAGCAGCAGAACUCUACUCGUAUGCGUCACAACACACGUGAUCAUGCAUCCACUGCUAAUACCGUGGAUAGGACUAACCAUCAGGUAUGA